AUGGACAAAUAUAUUAUCCGAAAAAGUCCAAACAAGGAAUCAGUAAAUUCCAAUUUAAAAACCGUUGAAGUUCAAAAUACCACAGCAAUUGCAUUGCCUUCUGAUCAUUUGAAAUCCGAAAAUUUGAAGUUGCAAACAUCUUUCAUUGAACAUAAUGACCCAGCUUUACCAUUACCAUCUGAUCGUUUAGAAAAACACUCAAAAUUACUCAAAGGACCCUGCCAAGUCCACUUAUCGCUUUAUCCAAGAGUAAAAUUCGGGGAUCGAUUUCGUUCUUUUCAAAAAUCAUGGUACGAAACUUUUAAAUGGUUAGAAUACAGUGAAAGUAUAAACGCAGAAUUUUGUUUUUGUUGUCGAGCAUUCUCUUCGAAUAAUAUAAUUAAAAAAGGUCAUAUCGAUCAAUCGUUUAUAAAGAAAGGGUUUACUAAUUGGAAAGGUGCCACUGAAGCUUUUAGACUACACGAGAAGUCACAAUGUCAUAUUGAUAGUGUGAUGUCGUGGGAACAUUUAAAAAAAGGAAUUCCCAUUGAUGUUAAGUUGGAUAAACAAAAAGAAAUCACAUUAGCAGCUCGUGAAAAAAUACGUUUAGAAAACCGGGAUAUCAUCAAACGUUUAAUUGAUGUUAUAAUUAUAUUAACCAAAAGCGGAAGUUCAUUCAGAGGACAUCUUGAGCAUGAAGAUAGUGUGAAUAAAGGACUAUUUUUAGAAAUCGUAGAUCUACUCAAACGAUACGAUCCUAUUAUAAAAAAUCAUUUAGAACAUGGGCCUAAGAACGCACAAUAUUUGAGUGGAAAGAUUCAAAAUGAAUUAAUAGCCUCAGUUCAUAAUGUGAUGUUUCAAGAAAUAUGCAAGAGGUUAAAUGGUCAACAGAUUGCAGUUAUGGCUGAUGAGACCAGUGACUGUGGUCACAUUGAGCAAAUGGCAAUCGUAGUAAGAUAUUUUGACGAUGUAGAAAAUAAACCUAUCGAAUUAUUCAUCUCUCUAGAGCGUCUAGAAACUACUGAUGCACAAUCCAUUUUUAAUGUUUUAAACACAAUAGUCCAUAAGUUAAAACUCGAUUGGCUCUCUGUUUCUUCCGUUUGUUUCGACGGCGCAGCCGCAAUGGCAGGUCAUAUUUCUGGAGUUCAAUUCCGAUGCAGUCCAUCUCGACACGCGGUUAUUGAAAAAAUUCAAAAAAGUGUUGGUGUAAAAUUAAAGACUUUAAAAUCCCUUUCAACAACUAGAUGGGCUUGUAGGGCAGAAGCUGUAACAGCAAUUCGAGACAACUUCUCGGUUAUAAUUCAGACAGUUAAUGAAAUAAAUUAUUCAACUAAGCAACCAGAAAUAAAAGCUAAAGGAAAGGGUAUUAUUUCCCAAUGCUUAAAUUUUAAUUUUAUCAUCUGUCUCGAACUGAUGCAUCCUAUUCUACAGUUGAUUGUAAAAGUUAGUAGAAUACUUCAAGAUCCCGGAUUAAGUAUUUUGACAGCUUUGGAAGAGAUUAAGUGUAUUCGUUUGGCAAUAGAAAAUAUGCGUUCCGAUAGUUUAUUUUAUGAUGAUAUUUAUGAUCAAAGUCAGCAAAUUUGUGAAGAACAUGGCGUAAAAAUACCAUCAGUCAGACCUAGAAAACUGCCUGCACGUAGAGAUGAAAAUUGGAAAAAUCAGUUUGUAUUUGAGACCAAGAAAGAGGAAAUCCGAGUUUCUACAAUGUAUCCAUUGAUUGAUUCAUUAGUACAAGGAAUUGACGAACGUUUUAAUCAAGAAAGCACUUCAAUAAUUACUGGUGUGGGGAAAAUGUUAAAAUUUGAAUUGAGCAAAGAUGACAUUAAUUUAUUGACAAAUCAUUUUGAUUUAUCAAAGGACGAAUUUGUAAGUGAAAUACAUCUUUUGAAGGCACGAAACAAAGAUGAUAUUCUUACUAAUAAAGACUGUGCAUUUUGGUUAAAAUGGUUACGAGAAAAUGGUAUUGAGACCAUUUUUUUUCAGCAUAGAAAAGUAUUAAAAGGUUUCUCUGUCAUACCAGUCACAAAUGCUUCGUGUGAAAGAGCUUUUUCGAAGCUAACACAUAUUAAAACUAAGCUACGGACGACAAUGACUCAAGGGCGAUUGGAAAAUUUAAUGCUUCCAUAUAUUGAACAAACCAUGGCAAAAAAUGUCGACAUUAAUGAUGUGAUCGAAGAAUUUAAAAGAAUGGUCCCAUAUGAACGUCGUUUAGCUUUAUAA